GAGUAAUGUUAAUACUGGGUGUUUAUGAACAAAUUAUAGUUCAAUGAUCUCAAUGUGAUCCCGAAGUUCUUUGUCAGCAUAAGUAGUGGAACAUUCCAUCGAAUGAUCGUAUAUUACAUCAUAUAAUUAUCAAGAGCAAAAAGUGGUUAAAAUCUUUCAAAAGCAUGUUAUAAUCUAACAAUUAAUAACACAACUGCAGUACAUACUUUAAGGUCACCUUGUGGAACUGGUGGACGUGACUUCUUCAGUCACAAUAAUGGCAGAACCAAGCCUUUAUAAGGAGUUUUUGAAGAGUGUUAAUUUUGGAAAAGAAUCACGUCAGUUCUAUGACUUAACACGUUUUGGAGAAAAAUAUGAACGUCUGCCGUUUUCUAUUAGAGUACUCUUGGAGAGUGCAGUUCGAAAUUGCGAUGAUUUUCAGGUGAAAAAACAGGAUGUAGAGAAAAUUUUAAAUUGGGAGGAGAAUCAAGCCCUUGAAGAAGGCGUUGAAGUUGCUUUUAAACCAUCUAGAGUCAUUCUUCAAGACUUAACGGGAGUUCCAGCAGUUGUUGAUUUUGCUGCUAUGAGAGAUGCUGUAAAAAAUUUAGGAGGUGAUCCAGAUAAAAUUAAUCCCAUUUGCCCCUCGGAUUUGGUUAUUGAUCAUUCAGUACAAGUUGACUUUAGCAGAAGUGGAGAUGCGUUGAAGAAAAAUGAAGAAUUAGAAUUCAAUAGAAAUAGCGAGAGAUUUAUAUUUUUGAAAUGGGGUGCAAGAGCUCUUCACAAUAUGUUAAUUGUCCCACCAGGAAGUGGAAUCGUACAUCAAGUGAAUUUGGAAUAUUUGGCUCGAGUUGUUUUCGACAAAGAUGGUUUACUCUAUCCUGACAGUGUUGUUGGCACGGAUUCUCACACAACAAUGAUUAAUGGACUUGGAGUUUUGGGUUGGGGUGUUGGUGGAAUUGAAGCUGAAGCUGUCAUGCUUGGUCAAGCAACAUCUAUGUUACUACCAAAAGUUGUUGGAUAUAAAUUAAUAGGAUAUCUAAAUCCCUAUGUUACAUCGACUGAUCUUGUUCUUACUAUAACAAAGAAUUUACGUCAAUUGGGAGUUGUUGGAAAGUUUGUCGAGUUCUUUGGCCCUGGCGUCGCGCAAUUAAGCAUCGCUGAUAGAGCAACGAUUUCCAAUAUGUGUCCCGAAUACGGAGCAACAGUUGGUUUCUUCCCUGUUGAUAAACAAACUUUAGACUACCUAGAACAAACUGGUCGUUCUGAUGAACAUAUAGAAAGAAUUACAAAAUAUUUGGAAUCGGUAUAUAUGCUUAGAAAUUAUGACAAUUCAACUCAAGAUCCUGUUUUUUCGGAAAUUGUGACUCUGGAUCUUGGAACUGUUGUCUCCAGUGUCAGUGGUCCCAAAAGACCUCACGAUCGUGUCUCGGUUACAAACAUGAAAAAUGAUUUUAACACUUGUCUUACGAGCAAGGUAGGAUUUAAGGGUUUUGGUAUACCUCGAGAGAAAAUGCAAGCCGAAGGGACUUUUGAAUUUGAGGGCAAAGAAUACAAAUUGAAACAUGGGUCUGUGGUCAUUGCAGCUAUUACUAGCUGUACAAACACAAGUAACCCGAGCGUUAUGCUUGGUGCAGGACUCCUUGCAAAGAAGGCAGUCGAGGCAGGACUCAGCGUUGCUCCUUAUAUUAAAACUUCUCUCUCACCUGGAUCUGGAGUAGUUACUUAUUAUUUGAAAGAGAGUGGAGUAUGUCCUGCCCUUACAAAAUUAGGUUUUGAAAUUGUUGGAUAUGGAUGUAUGACAUGUAUUGGAAAUAGUGGACCUCUCAUUGAUCCAAUAGUUGAAGCAAUAGAAAAGAAUGAACUCGUUUGUUGUGGAGUCCUUUCUGGCAAUCGUAACUUUGAGGGAAGAAUUCAUCCUAAUACAAGGGCGAACUACCUGGCAUCUCCUUUACUAGUAAUUGCUUAUGCCAUCGCUGGAACUGUUGAUAUUGACUUUGAAAAAGAUCCCUUGGGUCGUAGAUCCGAUGGAACUAAUAUAUAUUUACGAGAUAUUUGGCCAACAAGAGCAGAGAUUCAUGCUGUUGAACAGAGAUAUGUUAUUCCUGCAAUGUUUAAGGAAGUUUAUAGUCGACUCGAGAAAGGUAGCAACACCUGGCGAAGCUUGAAAGCACCUGAAAGCCAACUCUAUCCAUGGGAUUCAAAUUCUACUUACAUUAAAAAUCCGCCUUACUUUGAGAAUCUUACCAAGGAACUUCCAAAACAUAAACCCUUGACAAAAGCUAGAGUUUUAUUGAAUUUCGGAGAUUCGGUAACCACUGAUCAUAUCAGUCCAGCUGGAAGUAUAGCUCGCAAUUCUCCAGCUGCGAGAUAUUUAUUGAGUCGUGGAUUAACUCCAAGAGAUUUUAAUUCUUAUGGAGCUCGCAGAGGGAACGAUGCAGUUAUGGCAAGAGGAACAUUUGCAAAUAUUCGACUUGUAAAUAAAUUUAUUGGAAAACCUGGACCAAGAACUAUUUACAUUCCAAAUAAUGAGGAGAUGGACAUCUUUGACGCAGCAGAGAAAUAUAUUAAAGAUGAUAUUCCCCUUAUGAUACUGGCUGGAAAGGAAUAUGGAUCAGGUUCAUCUCGAGAUUGGGCUGCCAAAGGACCAUUCCUCCUUGGAAUCCGAGCAGUAAUCGCCGAAUCGUAUGAAAGAAUUCAUAGAUCUAAUCUUGUUGGUAUGGGUGUUAUUCCACUGCUAUAUAUGCCUGGCGAUACGGCCGAAACCUUAGGUUUGACAGGAUUUGAACAAUUUGACAUUAACAUUCCAGACAAUAUUCAACCAGGACAAAAUAUCACUGUCAAAACUGAUAGUGGCAAAGAAUUUAAAGUAAUUGUACGAUUCGACACUGAAGUUGAUCUUACUUAUUACAAACACGGAGGAAUUCUUAAUUAUAUGAUUAGAAAAAUGCUCUGAUAAUAAUGUGACGGAUAUUUAAAUUGAUUUUCUAUAACAAGAUUAUUUCAAUUACUUUUGUUAUUAAUGUGGUUAAUGAAUAUUUUAAAUAUGCAAUUAAUGUAAGAAAUUUUUAUGAAUGUAGAACAAAUUUUAUGUUAGUUUAAUUUCCAUUAGGAUAUGUCAAAGAUUUUAUUUCAUUUUUUAUACCUUAUUCGGAUUGAAUUUUUAUUUUAUUGACUAUUUUUAUAUAUAAAUUAUGUAUGUGAAUAUUUUUAAUAGUGUAUACGAAAUUAUAUAAAGGUAAAUUAUGUAUAUUAAAUAA